UUUCAGGUCCAGGUUUUAAAUUUGAUUUCUGUUCUUCUGGGUCAUGUCAAUGAAGUAAUCCCAUAUGCUAACAACUUGGUGCAGUUUUUCCAGACGGUUUGGGAGGAAUCUUCUGGUGAAAGCCUUCUACAGAUUCAGCUUCUUAUUGCUUUGCGGAACUUUGUUGUUGCACUUGGAUAUCAAUCACCUAGUUGCCAUGCAAUGCUCCUGCCCAUUCUUCAAAAGGGAAUUGACAUAAAUGGCCCAGAUGAACUCAAUCUUCUGGAGGAUAGCAUGCUGCUGGUU